AUGGCGACCAUAUCUGAGGAUGCGCUUCUGCAAAUUAUAGGAGCUAAGAUAGCCAAGAAAGCUUGGGAGGAUCUAAGGAGAGCCUACAGAUUUCAUUCACCAAUGCGCAUUAUGCUACUGAAGAAAGAACUGUACCUCAUCAAGAAGGAAUCGAGGGACAUGGUAACGUACCUAGAUCGCAUUAUGUUUUUAGCUAAUGCUUUGGCUGCUGCUGAAUGUCAUGUUGCAGACGAAGAACUAAUUCAGAUUACAUUGAACGGCCUUCCAAGUGGCUAUGAAAAUCUGAUUAAGUCAGUGAGCACUAGUUCGUCGAAUACAAUCUCGAGGUUUCCAGAACUUUAUAUGCUCCUUUGGGAUCAAGAAAAGGUGGUAGAAGCCAUGCAGCCCAAGACGACAUCCACAGAUAACAACUCACAAGUAAAACUUUUCGUCGACCAUGGCAGAGGACGAGACAGAUCCUUCUACCAUGGUGGACGAGACAGAGAUUAUGGUCGUUCAAAUCAAAAUGGCACCGACAGUGAAGCCAAUAACAAUAACAACAUUAACACCACUGUUGCAAGAAACAGAAAGAGUCCUAUAGUUUGUCAGUACUGUGAUCGCAAGGGACAUGCAGCCAAGGAUUGCUGGGAUAUCCUGAGGGCCAUCUAUAAAUAG